UGUAAAUGUUUAGCAGUGUAAACCGAGCGUUUAAAGCACGCGGAACUGAUCUUUGUUGAAAAAUAGUAUGAAUUAUUAUUUAACAUUGUAUAAUCUAUGAAACAUUGAGAAGCGACAGAGAACAUUAUGAAAGUUUGCUUAAAGACUAACAUACACAGAAUGGGGAUUAUCAAAGUCAUCAUCUUUGUACUUCUUGCCUGCUAUGAUGUAAUGGCAAUAACAUCAUACAACGUCACUGCAUGUCAUAAUUUGAGAAACGAUUGUGGAAUGCUAAAGCUAGACGAGUGUGCAGACAAUGAAAUCAUGUAUUUAUCAGAGAUGACAUAUGGCUUGAAGAAUCAGUCAUUUAUUGCAUCAUGCAGUCAAACAGAAGAAAGCUGUUUCAGAGAUGACGUCGGAUGCUGCCAUCACUCAGCAAGUGACUGCUUAAGCAAUUACACCGCCUACCAUGCAUAUGAGAUUAAAAGGCAGUGCUCAGGAAAUUCAAAGUGUCAAUUACGAGCAGCAGGAAACUUAGUUUCCUGCUCUGCUACGUCUCGUCGUUUGUCUACGUACUCAACAAUCUGGUACUCUUGUAUUAAAGAUGUGAUAAACUUUUGCGAAGGCAUCUACAACAUCACGAAAUCGGCUCACAUAAUUUUUGACAAGAAAACUCAAAGCCCGUUAUGCGGGCGUUCGAAUUGUUCAUGUGUUCUGUCAUCUACUGAGAACUUGGAGAUUACGUAUAUCGACAUAAGGAUGGCAAAGAGACACACUGACAUAGAAUUCUCAGACUGCUCUUCAGCAGUGUUGGUCAGCGAGCCAAAUGUAUAUCAGAAUAAACAAUGUAACACAUCGCUAGAGGAAGAUGCACACUUUGAAUAUAUGUUUAAAAAUAAAACUUCCGUUUCCACGUUGAGUAUAGAAUUAAGGGACCUUUACGCGAAUGACCCAGGCGAUUCACCGGAAUUUGUUUGGAUUUUGGUAGAAGCCGAUAAAAACGCAGACAUCACCGUUAGGUGUGUGAGCCCUACACCUACAACAUGUCAAAAUGGUACAACAGGCAGUACAACCAUCUCCGACAGUAGAACAACAAGUACAAGCACAUCUGAAAGGACGUCAAAAUCUACCCCAAUGAGUUCAACAACGAUUGAUACAACAUCAACCACGGAAAUAAUCACAGCCAAGUCGGAUGCUUCAUCCGGAGUUGCAGUUAUAUCUGGAGUAACUGCUUCGGUGGGCCUUUUGCUGAUAAUUACCGUGUUGGCAGUCUGUUUUAACAUAAUAAAAAGACGAAGAAAUCGUCAAUCCGAAACCCAACCCAAGAUUUCAAUUAACAGUGCGGCGGAAGAGCAUGAUUUCGAUAGGCUGGCAGAACACGAUUACGAUAACGCGCCAGAUGUGCGUGUAAUCCGUUUAGGUGAUGGGUAUAUAGAUUUCGCAGUGAGAGGACAUCCGGGUUCUCAAAACACGGCUAUAGCGUGGCCUUUAAAUAAUGUUAAACAGCGACCUAUCCUACCAAAAAGACCACAACUGUCAGAGCAAAAUUCGCGACACAAUUUACCAGAACCCAGGCCAUGCCGUAAUGUCCAUCAUCUUCGAGCUACAAAAAACGAUUAUGAUGGACACCAGCUGCAGCAAAGAGGUUCGCAGUCGCAAGUCAGAAAUCAAGAAGUUUUCGACUACAUAUAACCAAUAUCAGGGAUAUAGCCCCUGUCAGCGAACGAUCGUCGCAGAAUAAUUGAUCAAACUGGACACGGAAAUAGUUCGGACAUGUCUUCGGCCCAAUCCAAUGAAAAGGACUCGAUAGACGGGUCAAGCAAAUUGCUAGCGCGUAAGAAAUUUAAGAUAGAUGGGCAGGAUGCCCAUAGCAUUGUCAUAGACAUGCGUUUGGUCAUGAAUAAGUAAAUUAAAGGGGUGUAAAGAAAGAUCUAAAAACUAUUUUAAACCUAUCAAUAGUAAAGUCUUAUUUGGGUAAUAAUGUGAUCUAUAAUUAUGCGUUUUAAAGAAUAUUUCGGAACUGUUUUGUCUCAGUAAAUUUAUUUCGAAGGAAAGAAGAUUAACAUUUUAAAAAGAUUUUGUGUAUGUUCGUUAUACUAUUUUCCUUUGAAAGUAUGUCAUAAUAAUACAAUGCAACGUUACAAUUAUUUGGAUGUCGUAUUUAAUACGAGCGAAAUAUUAAAGGGGCCUUUUCACAGAUUUUGACAUGACUGUAUUGAAGUUUCUUCUCUGUGUUUGUUUGUUAUUAGCGUCAACAACUAUGGUAUUUAUAUAAACUGUGAAUAUAUGCCGAAUAUGUUCAUAUAAGUACGCGGAUAUGUGGUAUUGUGUAAACUAAAACUUAAACAUACAUGUAUUACUGAACUUAUUAAAUGUCUGUAUCGCUUUUAUCGGUCGAAUGCAAUUUAAAGAUACAGUAUGUCUUCAAAUGUAUUCGUAAUGUUUGCUUUCAUUUAAUGUGGAUUAAUGAAGUUUGCAAAACAGUUGGAAUCUAUGAUAUAAAUGUUGCUGUUUUAACUAAACAUCGAAUUUUAAGAAAUUGCAAAUUAAAUCGAAGCAAAAAGGUUAAGCAUAAAUUUUAUUUAAUUGAGUACCUAGAAUUUGAGAAGUUUAUUUUCAGAAAAAUUAAAAAAAAUCUAUGAAUGGGAAAAAAGCAGCAAUAUGUUUCCUAACCUCUUACACUUUAUCGUCGCUGUUCUUCGAAAACCGCGUAAGUAAGUUUUUACAAUUUUUCAAUAGGCAAAAAAAAAAAUAAAAAAAAUAAAAUAAUUUAGAUAGUCUAAAAAAGGAACCAAAUAUUAAAGAGAAAACUGCGUAAGUCCAUUUUUAAAAUUAAAAUGACAACUACAGGCUCUUUUAUUUUCAUAAAUAAAAAGUAUGCCCAUUUUAAUUAAGACUAUCUAAAUUAAUAUAUUUUAAAACUUUAAAAAAAUAUUUAAAAAAUGUUUUUGUGAAAAGUUGGAAAAAUUGACUUACGCAGUUAAUGCAAAAACAAUUAGUGCACCAAUGAGUGUUCAGGAUUUCCUUUCGUGCUCAUAACUAUGCCUUCCAUUUGGAUAUGAAAUCCAGUAUUUUCGCAGAAAAUGACCAGUGAACCCGCGGUUCUUAUAAAAACAAAUAACAUUUUGCGCCAAAUUUGACUUACGCGGUUUUCGUAGAACAGCGACGUUAUAAUCUUUGUUUUAUUUAUUUCAAUGUUGUGGUCAUGGUUUUCCGAAAUGCUGUAGGCAUUUCUGACUUAUCUAAUAAGCAAUACGAAUGCUAACAAGAUUUUUUCUUCUACAUUGUUUCUGGAGAGUCAUAAUUUAUAUUGUCCACAGUAAGUCUUUUAAAUGACAAAUAGAAAGCUAUUGAAAAUAAAUUGUUGCGUCAUGGACAUUGAAAACUGUUAGUUAAUAUAUUUCCGCUUCCUCACUUUUUUAACUGAAAUGUGUAUGCCAAGAGCAAUUGUAAACUAUUCGUUCAUUAAAUCGCCGCUGAGAACGUCAAAGUUAAAUGUACUUGUUUUAAAGAAUAACAUAUGAUCCUAAUGAUUAUUGCUUAAACAUUAUAGUUUGAAAAGUAAACAUAUUCCCAAUCAGGACAUUUACUUUGUUUAAGGUUUGUCUUUUAAAUAAUGUGUACGGCAAUGUUGUUUUGUCCUCUUAAAUAAGUAAGGCAGCAAACAGUAAUUUGCAUAACUGUGUGGUCUUAGCGCUUGUAAAACAGUUAAUCCCAAAGAAAGUUAGAGUAUUUAUUGACUACUGGUUAUACGACUAAUGAACUAAAAAUAUCAGAACAAACAAAGUAUUCUAUUUAUAUGCAUGCAGCAAUAUACAUGAACGUGCAAAGAUACAAUUUGCUUUACAAUAAAUAAGUAAUAAUGUGUAAUAUAAUUGAAAGACAAACAUAUUUUUCGUUUGAAUUGUGUUACAGUUUAUA